AUGCAACAACAAACUGAUAAAGAAUCACAAUGGAUGAUUUCAGUUACGACUCAAAGUGGUGGACAAGGAGAGGUUGAAGACAUUCCAAGGAUGAAUCACCAUGAUGAUGAACUAAUGAACGAUUCGGAAAUAAUGCUUGAUACUCAUAUAUUGUCUGAUUAUUCCAAACUGAAUGUAAAUAUUGAAUAUAUCGACGAGUUGAUGAAUGGUUUGAUAAAGAGUCACGGAUUGAAUGGCUUUGAUGAAUUGAAUCGAUAUCCAAUGGAUCAAAUUCUCUUACGGAAAGUUGAAACUCUAAUAAUGGACGGUUAUUGUUCGGAAGCCUUGAAAGUAAGCAAAGAAUUGAUACCCUCCAUCGAUGAUAAUAAGGAAUUAAUUGCCAAGUUUAAUAUUGUGCAAUUGAGAGAGAUGAUAUUAGGAUGUACCAUUGAUGAUUAUUGUCAACAAUUAAAGUGUAUUGAAUUUUGUAAUUCAACCAUUCCAGCCGAUAAGACUCUGGAAACCUCACCCGACCAUGCCUUACUAAUUGACACGUUGAUGCUCUUGUUAAGGCAGAAAGAUUGUGAAUUUCAAAAGAUGGAACAAUUGGAAAGGGCUAGAAUUGAAUUGUGGAAGGAUUUUAAACGAUAUUGGAGUGUUGCAAAGAUAUUUAAGGAUUCUGAUUUGGAAAUUGGAAUGAAAUACCUAAUUAUCAAUCAUAAUAUUUAUCAUAUCAUGAAUGGAGUGGAAUCAAAGUUUCCAGAGAUUGAGCAAUUGUUACUUCCUGAGAAGGAUGAUGCUGUGUACAAUCCCAAGCAGAACAACCAGCAACGAUUUGUUCUUGACUUGUGUCAAAAGUUGUGUCUCACAAGAGAGGAAUCUAUGAGUGCUCUGUAUCAUGCCCAGUCUGAUAUCAAGUUGGCAAUUAGGAACGAAUCCUCUCGGUUUCAAUUGAAUAAGAAUUUAUUCCUCAAACUCUUGGAAGAAUAUGUUGUUGUGAGAGGAUUUGCGAACCAGAAGGAAGAAACAAAGAUAAUGAAUUCUACUGUAAGGCAAAUGAUACAAGAAUCGAGAUUUGAUGAAUUAAUAGAAUAUAUCAAUUCUGUGGAUUCUACGAUACUCCAAGAAUAUUCUCUGAUUGAUUAUAGAAUUUGUGAAUGCUUAUUUUAUGAUGCAUUCAUGAAGGGUAAUGAUUCGAAUGCUCUUUCAAUUGUUACACAAAAGAUGAUGCCAUACAGAAUGCAAAACUCCAAAAUUGAGGAAGAUUUCAAUUGUGUUGUUUCAUUGUUGGCCUUUGAUAAGGACUCAUCUGUAUUCAAUACGAAUGAUCAUGUACAGACUGUUAUCAGAAAACUCGAUUCUAACAAAUCCGUUUUGGAAAAGUCGAUACUGGAGAUUCUAUGUGUCUCUAGAGCAAGUAAUACGAAACUUGUUCAAAUAUUGAAAUAUCUAAUGAAGAAUCAUGAGAUUAAGUAUCAAUUCGAUACAGCAGAAUCUGAACUAUUGGACUAUCUUAAACUGAAAAAGCUGUAUCAUCAAUCCUAUACCGAGUUUAGAGGGGAAACACCAGUUAAGGAAGAACCCUCAUCCAAUAUCUCAAAACAGGAUCAAGACAUUCAAUUAUUAUACGAUAUUUUACAAUUAACCAAAGAUAGAGCGAUUGAAUUAUUGAAACAAUUCAAAACAGUUGAUGCAGUGAUUCAAUCCUUUUUCAAUGAAGAAGAAUAA